GAAUUCCCGCCUUUCCACUCAAAAACCUAAUUACGGAGUAAUAAAUUUCACCCCAACAAAAAAAGUAAACAAAAUUCAAUGAAUUUGUGGGUUUGAAUUGAUUUUUACUAUUUUUGGCAGAUAAAUUAGAAAGAGAAAGUGAGGAGAGAGAGAAUGUGGAAGAGCUUUGAGUGCUCUUCUACAUGCCAUGGAUACCCCAGAUAAGUCAACUGCUACCCAACCUAGUCCUUCCUCUUUUCUUUCCAAAUUUGAGUCGACCCCAUCUUUUCGUGACUAAGGAUUACAAUUUGUGUUAGUUAUCAACUGAGUUUUAGAUCUGCAUGUACAUUUUCUGGGUGUUGUUUUUGUUGAAGGAUUCUCCAGUGUUUAAUUACAUUAGCACUUUGUCUCCUAUUAAACCAUUUAGCUUGGGUCACAGCACACAGCCACUUCACCUUAAUUUUUCUUCUCCUCAAGCUUUCAAGACGCCACCAACUAGUUAUCUAAGGGAACCCAAGUUCACAAGGGCAAGUCAUGUUACAGAAGUAUCAAAGAAUAACUUCUCCUAUAAUGGUAGUGAAGGUAAAAAUGCAGAGACCUCAACUGCAAUAGAGCCAGCUGAUUUGCAGACUGAAGAAGUGGACAAAACGGACAGAAACGUGACUGUCAGCACAACUGAUGAAUCCUCAAAGCUGGUCUCUGAGAUUCCAAGGCCCUUGAAAUAUGAAUGUGAUUCUCCAGAAAAUAAUGGGGUCCAUUGUGAUGCUGUGAAGACACAUCGCGAGUUUAUUGUCGCUGGAACUGAAUUAUUUUUGGAGAAGGUCAAUCAAGAUAAUUCGAAAGAAGAAGACUGUUCAUUUGGAAAAGAAAUGGGUAUGCAGGCAAUUCGAAUGGCACAGAACAAGGAAGCGUGUGAGUGGGAUGAAUUCGUUUGUGAAGCUUCUGAUAUCUUAAACGGUCAUUCACCUACAAAGGAAAAUUAUCACGACGAUCCAGAGGAUAGCAUUGCAAAUUCUGGAAUGCUAUCUUUUGUUGCAACAGUCUUGCAGCCCCCAAAUGAACAGAAAACGGACGUUGCCUGUCCUGAUUUAUCUGAACACCAUCACUUGGAAGUUCCUAUGAACAAACCAGCAGAAAAUAGAAAUACGAAUGAAAGAAGUCAAAUGUCAGCUAAUGACACUCGUACGGUACUUGAUGAGGAAAUUGUCCACCAUUUUAGGACUACUAUAGAUGACAAGCAGCAAGAGACAACAAGAAGACGUUGCCUAGUUUAUGAGAUGUCAGGAUCUCAUUACAGGAAACUGCUAGCUAGUUCUCCAAAUAAAGCAGCUGGUAGUUCUAGUUUCUCAAAUAAUAAGAGUCUGAUGGCCAGCAGACCAGGAGGCAACAAAUUUUCAUCAGCACUCCCUGGUAUCGGUUUGCACUUGAAUGCUCUAGCAGCUGCUGCUAAAGAUAAAAUAAUUGUCAAGAGGCAAACUUUGAAUUGUACAAGGCAAUUAAUAAGUUCUCCAUGCACCACAUCUUCUUUCGAUUAUCUUAUUUCUGACACAAAAUCCCACACCACCCAAAUGGCCCCAGUAGUGGUGAAAACAGAAGCCGGGGAACAGAAAGAUGAAGUUCAGGUGUCCGGAGAUGUGUCUGAGAAUUCUGUAGUUGGUGAGGGUAUUGAGUUUUCUCAGAGUUCUCCCAAGAAGAAACGGCGGAAGGCGGAAAAUGCAGAAGAAACUGAUUCUUGCAAGCGCUGUAAUUGUAAGAGGUCAAAAUGUUUGAAGCUCUACUGUGAGUGUUUUGCGGCUGGCUUAUACUGUGUUGAGCCCUGUAACUGCCAGGAUUGCUUUAACAAGCCUGUUCAUGAGGAAAUUGUGCUUGAAACUCGUCGACAGAUUGAAUCUCGCAAUCCACUUGCAUUUGCUCCUAAAGUGAUCAGAUGUUCAGGCACUCCAAAUAGUUUGGAAGAGCUGAACAAAACUCCAGCUUCAGCCAGACAUAAAAGAGGAUGUAACUGUAAGAAGUCUGGCUGUCUGAAGAAAUACUGUGAAUGCUAUCAGGGCGGUGUUGGAUGUUCUUUGAGCUGCAGAUGUGAAGGAUGUAAGAACACCUUUGGUCGAAAGGAGGGAAGUGAAAGAAUCGUAUUUGAAGAAACAAGAUUCUUCCAAAGGAAUGCAUCAGAUAUAAGUUCACAUAGUGAUGUUCCCAUAACAGAUAAGGAGAAUCAUGAUCAAGCAACAUCGGAGCCUUCAAUGAAUGCAAGGCAACCUUUUAACUUUGGUGGCAUGGCUCCACGUUUUCCUACACUUCCCAAUGGGCAUUUCCCUCAAUCAUGCACAUCCCAGAAUAUUGACAAUUCAGAUAAGAUCAAGAUAGCAGUUCCAGAAGAUGAGGCUUUGAAGGGUGAUUACUUACUUCCUACUACUUAUGUUAAGUCUGCAUCUCCUAAUUGUAAAAGAAUUUCUCCUCACUUUGAAACAUCUCCUGGUUGGAAGAGCUGUAGGAAGCUGAUACUCCGGUCAUUACCAGCUUUCACUGUGGACAAAGAAAGCAAGCAGUUGCUGGAAAAGCUUCAGUGAAAAUAUUAUGCUUAGCCUUGCUGCUUUUCUCCUUUUUAAGGAGAUUGUCGUGGAAGUCAACCAUGGACGCCUGUAUCAAGAGUCUUCUUUAGGUUUACUCAAGUCGUUCAUAUUAGUAUAAUCUUGUUGUCAUAGGUGUAGUUAGAUCGUAGGUGUAGUUAGAUAAGAUAAAUGUUCUUUUAUGUAGGCAUAAUGUACAAAAUAUUUUCUAGUAUACAGUGCUAUGUUUUUGUUAGAUCAUUUGUAUGACAUCGUAUAGUUAAUAGUGUUGUAGCCAUAAGAAAGCUUCUCUAGCUGUUUUAAGUUUUUCCUUAGAAAGUUUAGACUGUCCUGCAGGUAUUGAUGCUGUUAGCUGGGAAAUUUCUGUAAUUUAGUCUUGUAUUCUUUUAAAUGUUUGAUAAUGCUGUUUUAAGUUGGCACUUCAUUUUGCUGGACUUUCA